AUGGCGUACAAGCAGCAGGGCGGUCUCAGUUCCCCAGUUAUUGUGUUCACGAAAACUUGGUUAAAGCUGGAGUUUCUGAGCUCCGAAGUUUUUUCGGCGUGUUCACAGUAUACCGGCAAGAUCAGACGUGGAGGAGAGCUACAGGAGCAGUAUGAGGUGUACCAACGCGUGGGCGAGAAGCCGUUCAAGCCGAACAACGAAAAAUGGACGCCAAACAAUAGGAUGCCGCGCGAGUUCAACCACAGGAAAAAUCACUGCUUCAAUUGUGGAUCUGCAGAUCAUCUUCGCAAGGAUUGCAAGGCUGCCGUGAAAUGCUUCAGUUGCAACAAAAAGGGUCACAUGUCAAGGGAUUGCCCUGGGUAA